CAACUCCUAUGUUCAGCAAAUUACUCGAAAAGUCUUGUAAUUGUUGUCUGAUGCGUGUGGGAUAGGGGGACUCGUAAUGUCCGAAGUUCUCAUUUAAGUCGAGUUUCUAUGUGACCGUCUAUCACUCAAUUAAUUUGCAACCCACGUGGCAAGAGACAGAAAAACACUGUAUGGGGCUGAUGUCCAACCAAUUAAUUGGGAAUAAUGAUGUCUAAUACUAUGUCAAAAGGAGCAAAGGCUUUCUUUAAUUUGCAAUGCGGCAGUUGACAUGAUCAUGGAGCUGGGACGAAUUUAUUUGGUUUCUGUAAUAAAAAAUAAUAAUUGGGCGAGGUAACGUAAGGCAUAUGUAAAACCCAGGUCACAUCUGGCCAUGGCUGCGUAAACAAACUCUGUAUAUUCAGGCUCCAGAGUAUGGUUGGUUCCAACAAAAAAGAUAAGAUUCAAGUUCCAAACACAGACCAACCUCACGUUUGGUCUAUUGGACUAGUCUCAUGAUAAAACCAUGAAACAAUUUUGUGCUUUGGGUUACUCCACGUGUCCUGCCAAAACAAAACCCAACUCCUCCUCUCUUCACCGACUCAUUUAGAAAUUAGAAUAAUUCGUUGAAAAUGGAUUGCAAGAUAAACACCUCAAGUCCUCCAAUUCUGUGCAAAUUGCACAGAACAAAACCCAACUUCAGAAUCAAGACCAUUGCCUUUUCUUCCAAUAGUGCUGCAAACCAACAAGAAUCCAUUUCCACAACCAUACACAGUCAGAUUCAACCUGUUCAAACUGAUGUUUACGCUGUCAAUUUCAAAACCCUUGGAGCUUGCAAGCUUGGCAUCUCAGCAUAUCCUGAUUUUGAAUACAAUGCUGAAGGGGGAAGUGGUUCUGGGACAGGUACAAAGACCAAAGGAAACGACUUGAAUGAAGAAAUAUCGGUUUGUUUUGACAUGGAAACUCUGUAUAUUCCACCAUUGACUGGUGGAACAACUAAGUUCUUGGGAUUGCCAUUGCCACCAUUUUUGAAGAUUGAUAUUGUCCCUGAAUUAUUUCAAGGGAUUAUCAACCUAGAAUCUGGUCAGCAGGUUGAUUUUGAAUUUAUGGCAAAGUUCUGUUUUUCUGUUGGGAGUAUCUAUAAAGCUCCUCCACUGCUUGUGAGGACAGUGUUGACAUCCGAGGAAUCCAGGGGAAGAAUGAGAAGUGGAAGAGGAGAAAGACUGGAUGGAAUAGGGAAGUGCAGAUUGGUUGGGGUGGCAACCGUAGAUCCUAUUGAUGAUAUCAUCAUGAAUUCUUUCCUCAGACUUCCUACUGAAUGCCUCGCCAAUCUGAAUGCUGUAAUCUCCUCCGUCAAAUCUUCUUAAAAACCAGAGUUUCAGUUCUACGUACAAAUGGAUACUGUAAUAUCAGUAAUUUGUGAUACUUGAACACCCAUUACGUUUGUGAUAAUAAUUAUACCUCAAAACAUUUA